AUGCCCGCUCCCCAAGCCUCGCUAUCCGACCUGCGCCGCGCGGACGGCUCAGCCACCUUCUCGCAGAACGGAUACUCGGUAUUGGGCGCCGUCAAUGGCCCGCUGGAGGUCCAGCGUCGCGACGAGCUGCCCGAAGAAGCAGCCAUCGAGGUCAAUGUUCGCCCGGCUUCCGGCGUUGGAAGCCCCAAAGAACGCCACCUCGAGACGCUGAUCCACAACACGUUGCGGCACGUCAUCCUUGUUCGCAACCAUCCACGCACCCUCAUCCAAGUGACCCUACAGGUUCUCACUGUACCUGAGGGCGACGCCGCUGACGACCGCUCACGCUCUUCGAUCCUAUCUAUCCUCCCUGCUCUCCUCCAAGCCUCUGUGCUCGCCCUCGUGUCCGCUUCCAUUCCGCUUUCCACGACCUUCUCCGCCACCCUCCUCGCAGCCUCCUCAACCAAUGACAUCAUCACCAACCCGUCCGUCAAAGAUCUCGCGCAAGCAUCAUCCCUCCACGUCUUCGCAUUUGCACCCAAGGGCGAUCUGUUGCUAGCUGAGAGUGAAGGAAAGUUUGACCUGAGGACUUGGGACGCACUGCAUGAUGCUGCGGCGAGGAUAUGCUGUGCCACAGGAGACGAAGUGGAGGGCAUGGAGGUGGAUGGAAAGGAAGCCGAGAAUUUGCACUCGGUGCUCAAGGACGCAGUGAGCCUGAAAGUACACAGGGAGCAGUCAUGGAAGGAGGCGCCCUGA